AUGGAUUUCAGCGACGAGGACUCUGACGAGUUCUUCAUGGGGACUUCCGAGGACGUGGAGGAGCGGUUGCAGCAGGCGAUGGCCUCGCGGGCGCCGCAAGCACCGAAUGCAGAACCAGCACCAGUACAAGAGCCACAUGCAGAAGCAGAAGCAGAACUAGAGCCAGAAGCAGAAGGACCGUCACAGGAGCAAGUGCGAGGGCAGGAUGUGGUGGUUAUAGAAGGGGACACAGAGGGGAGUGGAUCGGAGGGCUCGAGCGACAGCGAAGGCUCGAGCGACAGCGGUGCACAGGACACAUACCGCGGAGAUAAAGAGUACGAGGUGCGUACGCGGUCUGGGAUGAAGCGUGCACGCACGGUGGAGGACGAGAACGACCUGUUCUUCCAGAGCAUUGCGAAGCGGAGCCAGAGUCUGCCGGUGCAGGACGGUUCUGGUGCAGUGCGGCAGGACAAGGUGUACUAUGUGCAGUUUAUAUCGCAUGUGGACGGCACGAAGGGGAAGUCAGUGCAGGUGAAGGCGCUGGGGAGCCACCCGUUCUCGAAGCUUGUAGCUGCGGCGCUGAGCGGACUCAUGCGGGCGCACAGGCUGCCCUCGGUGAUGAGGCCGCUGUACCAGCCGGAGAGCGUCGUGAGCUACUGGAACCGGGCGAAAGUGCUGGGGUUCAUGACCUGCGAUACGCUGCGGGUGCCGCAGCGGUACGGCAGCGACUACCUGGAGAUCCAGCUGGUGCCCGUGAAGGAGGAAGCGCAGUACCUGGAGCAAGAAGUAUUCGAGGAGCCAGAGCGUGCGCCCACGCCGGAAGAGGACGCCGAAGAGGAGUUUGAACGGGAGCUGCGCGACGCCAAGGAGGUCAGGGCACCCGUGGUGGACCUCGAGUCCGAGGAAGUGCUCCGGGUGGCACUGCAAGGCCAAGACAACAAGAAAGUGUACGUGAACGUGAAGCCCACGACCACGUUCGCCCGCAUGAUCGAGUACUACCGCACGCAGAAACAGCUGCCGCGAAGCACACAGAUAACACUGGCACUCGACGACGAGCCACUAGACCCACACGCCACGGUCAAGUCCCAGGAUAUAGAGGACGAGGACAUGCUGGAGGUAAGAUUAUCGUAA